CGAAAGGCGCCGUCCAAGAGGUAGGAGGCCAAGAGCAGGACCGGGAGCACACUCCGUGCCACGGACUCUGCUGACUGUCCGCGGCUGGGGACAGUUGGAGCAGGACCCGCGGACUUCCAAGAUUAGCCUUCCCUGCUUGAAGCCCGUGGAGCUGCCCCACGGGAGGCGACAGCGGGCCCACAGCUAGGCGGGCGAACACUGGGGACAAGGCGAGCUCCAGCUUUCCAAGCCAGACUUCUAAGGCAACGGCGGCGUGGGCCCCCGAUCCAGACAACAUGCCCAUUGCCAGAAUGCGCAUGAGACCCUGGCUAGAGAUGCAGAUUAAUUCCAACCAAAUCCCAGGCCUGACCUGGAUUAACAAGGAAGAGAUGACUUUCCAGAUCCCAUGGAAGCAUGCAGCAAAGCACGGCUGGGACAUCAACAAGGAUGCCUGUCUUUUUCGGAGCUGGGCCAUUCACACAGGCCGAUACAAAGCCGGGGAGAGGGAGCCAGACCCUAAGACGUGGAAGGCCAAUUUCCGAUGUGCCAUGAAUUCACUCCCUGACAUAGAGGAAGUGAAGGACCAAAGCAGGAACAAGGGCAGCUCAGCUGUGAGAGUGUACCGGAUGCUCCCACCUCUAACUAAGAACCAGCGGAAAGAGAGAAAAUCCAAGUCGUCCAAAGACUCCAGAAGCAAGAGCAAGAGAAAGUCAUAUGCAGAAUCCAGCCCUGAUACCCAGUCGGAUGGGCUUAGCAGCUUGACUCUCCCCGAUGACCACAGUGGAUACACAGCUCAGGUUUACAUGGAUCAGGACAUGGAGGUGGAAAGCUCUUCGGUUUCAUUGGAUCUCUCCUCCUGUGAUGUCAGCAGCACUCUCCCGGACUGGCAAGUCUCAAUGGAUAUCAUCCCUGAUAGCACCAAUGACAUGUACCCCUUCCAGGUGUCGCCAAUGCCUUCUAGCUCUGAUGCAACGGACGAGGAGGAGGAGGAAAAACUACCUGAGGACAUCAUCAAGCUAAUAGAACAGUCAGAGUGGCAGCAGACUGAUGUCGAUGGAAAAGGGUAUCUGCUUAAUGAACUAGGCACCCAGCCUCUCCACAGUAACUUCAACUUAAAGGAAGAGGAGAGCGACGUGGACGGGUCAGGAGAGGUUUUUGAGUUGAAUUUACAUCGAGCCUUCACAGAACUGAGGACCCUGGAUACAAGUUGGAUGGACACCCUGCUGACACCUGUCAGACCACCCAACAUCCAGGCUAUUUCCUGUGGGCAGUAACCACGUCCUCUGCCUCCAGUGAGCCCACAGGGCAGUGUUUUGGUGGCUGGUGAAGACAGCCCUUUUAUUGCAUAGCCUCAAGAAACUGAGGGUCAGAAGAGGGCCUGGACCUGCCUCCUAAGAAGACUGGUAUCAGGAUUUCAACGCAUAUCAGAAAGACAGUGAAGGCACAGUCUGCAACUCUGUUUCUACUCAUUAGUUUCCCACUUCGUAAGCUCCCAACUGCUAUAUUCUGGGCUGCCCCAUUGACAUAUAGUGGCUGUGAGGUCUGGGCAAACUCCUGUUCUGGCUGAGGGAAGAAAGGGUCAGUUCAGUCAGGCCUCUUGAUGCUCCUGUGCUGAACAAGAGAGUUCAGCAAUAACCACUGGUAACAGUCAUUUGCACUAAAAAAAACCCAAAUGAUCCUAUUUCAUAAUCAUUUGCACUAAA